CGGUAAAGCGCCUGAUGCGCUGCGGUGCCAACCGCCGUUAAAAGCCCAAAAGAAGAAGAAGAAGAAGCAGAGGCAGGAGGGCGUUCCGCUGAAGAACACACAAACACACAGCGGUGAAUUAUGCCGCUGUACGUGCUACAUCAUUAGAUGCUGUCAACUCUGAGUUUAAUUUCAUCUGAAGAGUUGGUUUCCCUCCCGCACCGGGCCUCCCUGGAUGUUCGCCCUCCUGGCGGUGCCGCUGCCGACAGAGGAGGAGGCCGGGCUGGAAGACAUGGAGGCUAGCGGGGAGUGAGCUGUAGGACGUGGUGAUUUCUUCGGGGGUGUUGGCGCUCCUAGAAUGGACCCUGCACACGUUGGAGGGGAUAUGUCACCUUUGUACGUGCCAAGAAAGAGAAAGUGUGUCCAGUCACAACCUAAAAGUGGAGUGCCAUGUCCCGUUGUUCAGCGAUUACCAGAAAGAACCUGUGAAUUAAAUUCAGCUGGAUAUCCCAAGAAUGACGAGUGUGAAGCCCAAGAUGCUCUGAAGAUGAAGAGAACUUACGGUAGAAAAAGGUAUGAGGACCUCCAGAGCGUUGCCAUAGGAACAGUGGAUUAUCCAACCACCAGCUGCUCUGUGAUGUCAUCAGGUGGCCUGGCCAAUGGGGCGGACCCAGGGUCCAUGGCCCCGCCCACUGCCAGGCUGCCUCCCAGACUGGUGGCGAAGGACGUUUGGCCCCAAGGCCCCGAGGCCGGCAGGGAGCCGCCCCAGCCUCAGGACCACGGCUGGAACAGGGACCGGGGCCCCGACGCCUGGGCCCCGGGCCGAGACCGGCCCCAGGAGCAGGUCUGGAGCUCUGGCAGAGACCGGGCGGGACACUCCAGUCAAGACCAGACAUGGAUUCCAGGCAGGGACAGGGCCCAUACCGGACCGGACCAGGCUUGGAUGACGGGCCGGGACCGGGGUCCUGAGCAGGGCUGGGCGGCCGACAGAGACCGGGGCCAGGAUCAGGCCUGGAACGCAGGCAGAGAUCCGGGGAGAGACCGGGCCUCUUCAGGGCCAGAACAGGUGUGGGGACCUGGACGAAACCAGGACCAGGGCUGGAGCAGCACGAGCAGGGACAGAGGACACGUCUGGAGACCUGAGUUGAACAUGAAGAAGGUCCUGAGAGUGGAGAUGGAGCGAAGCCCACUGAUUCAUAACUUCACACAGCCACCAGAGGGCAGAGACUCCUGUUCAGAUGCAGCAAGUGUUGGUGAGUCUUCGACGGCCCAACCCAGCGAGGAACAGAAACCUGUCGUCCUCCCCACCAAGAAGGAGCCUCCUACCUACCCUCCAGGAAGUCAAGAGGAGCGCUGGCAGCUUCAGAUUGUGGCCAAAGGCAGAGUCACCUGUCCCAAAUGUAAAAGUGUGAGCAGGAAGACUGUGGAGGGGCUGAAGAAGCACAUGGAGAACUGCAGACUGCAACCCUUCACCUGUCAGCACUGUGGCAAACAGCUCAAGUCUUCUACAGGGAUGAAGUAUCACAUCAUGGCCGACCACAGCCAUCUGCCUUCAGCAGAAGAUGCCAAGGACCUGGAUGAUCGUGCCAUCAAAGAGAAACUGCGUAAAAUCCUGAAGAGGCUGGGCAAGUUAAAAUGCUCCAAAGAGGGCUGUAACGCUGCCUUCACCAGCAUCAUGGGCUACGUGUACCACAUGAAGAAAUGUGGGAAGGAGGAGUCUGAGCUGGAGAAGAUGCUGCUGAACUGCUCUCACUGUGGGAAAACCUACAAGUCCAAGGCCGGCCUGGAGUACCACCUGAAAUCAGAGCAUGCUCCUACGCCCCAGAAGACUGAGGAAGACGAGGCCCUGAAGGCCCACAGGGAGGCCAACCCGGAGAGGACGGCCAGCGGCAGGGUGCAGCGAGCCUCCGCCCAGGUGGCAAACUUCCAUCUGGCUGAGAUCGCAAACAACGAGCUGCCCAAAGACUGGCCCAAGAGGAAGUUUCAGUCUGACCUGGUGCCAGAUGACAAAAAGUUAAAAUAUGCCCGACCAGGCCUGCCCGCCUUCAGCCAGGAGGUGCUGAGGAAGUGGAAGAACGAGGUGAAGCUGCAGAGGAAAGUCCACUGUCCCAACCAGGGUUGUGGCUCCACAUACACCAGUGUGUCUGGGCUGAAAGCUCAUCUGGGACUCUGCACGAGGGGCGACUUUGAGGCUGGAAAGUACCGAUGUCUGAUCUGUAACAAAGAGUUUAACUCUGAGAGCGGAGUGAAAUACCACAUCAACUCUGUCCAUUCACAGGACUGGUUCGUGACAAACAAAAAGGCCUCCAAGAAGUUUGAGAAGUUCCUCAAAAGCCAGCCCAAGGAUUUUGUCACGAACGUGGACAAGCAGAUCGUGGAUCACUACCACCACCACCAUCACCACCACCUCCAGCACCAUCAUCAGCAGCAUCAGCACCACCACCACCACCACCACCACCCCCAUCAGCAGCAGCAGCAGCAGCAGCUUCUCCAGCUCCAACCCAUGCAGCACCCUCUGCAGCCGCUGCACCACCUGCAGCACCAAACCCAGCUCCUGCAUCAGGACCACCAGAGCCUCCCUCCGCAGGUGGAGGCCCAGCUUCAGCAGCCCAUCCUGCACUACACCCCUUUAGAGCCUCCUCCCGCUCCCAUGUGGGUGGAUCUGGACCGGGGCGGGGCCGUGCCGGGGGCGGAGCAGGCGCCCAUCGAGAUGGAGAUGGCGGAAGUUGACAAACCGGCAGAGGACAACGGAGAAAUGGUGGAGGAGAAGAGGAGAGAGAAGGUGGAGAGAGCAGGGGAGAAGGGGAAGGUGGAUGGGAGGCGGAAGGAUUGUUUUGCUUUUGGAGGUAGCGGUGGUGGAGGUGGAGGUGGAGGUGGUGGCGGCAGUGGAGGCGUCAGCAGCAGCAGCAGUAGCAGCAGUAAUACUGGCAGCUCAUCCAGCGAGUCGGAGGUGGAGCAGCAGGAGCGGCAGAGACAGAUGGACCAGUGGAAUCUGAAGCGGCCGGGCAUCAUGGAGCCCCACCCCGAGGCUGGAAAGCCACAGAGGAACACUUAAAAACACACCUAAAAGUUACACUUACACUCAUGGUGCAUCAGAGCUGAGUUUAACACAGUAGAAGAAGACACCGCUGAGUGUCUGUCCCUACUUUAUUAGCUUUGACGUAGAAGAAAACGAGGCGAGAAGGCAGCUGACGACAGAGCAACGGUUCUAAGAGUUGUGAAAAGAUGGCGGAAACGUUUAAAAGAAGCCAACAGAGUCGGCGCGGAUGUGAGACGAUUCGCCAUGGCUUCUGUUUCAGAGUGGUUGUCAUUGUAUAGCCUGGAGACAUGUAGUUUAUCUGUGUUUACCUGUAACAGAUUCUUUUCAAUGUGUCUUAUUCUUUUAAAAAAAAGUUUGAUAAACCCUUCCUGUCUUUCAUGUUUACCUUAAAGGGAAAUAGUUUGUUUAAGAGAGGCUGCUGCAGUAUAGUAUUUUAUUAGACUCGUCUAGUCGCUCUCUUUCUCCUAAAAGAUUUCGUGCCUCUUCAGGAUGAUCUGUAUCACUUCAUACGACUCAUCAUCACUUUGCUGGGCUAAAUAAGGUUGGAGGUGUCACUUUUUUUUUUUUGGUAACAUCCAGUAGAAAAAGGAUUCCCCUCCCCCCUGUCUCUUCCUGUAACAUAUUUAAUUUGUGACAUUUUGACUAAAAUUUACGUUAUGACAGUGUAACUUGGUUCAUGGCUGGCAUCAAGUUGCCACCCUUGAGAAAUCCCUGGCAAAAAAACAACAAGGUUAAAGUCUUUUUAUCACAUAAAAGUAUCAGUUCAAUUAGGGCUGCACAAUUAAACGAAUUUUAAUCGUGAUCACGAUUUUGGCCACCACAAUUAAAUUAAAUUGAUCAUCGGCAAUAUUUCCAUUUUAAAAUGCGGCUCUCCUGCAUAUCUAAUCAAGCACUUUCCACACCAGUAGUCCACCAACCACCAGGGGGCGGGGCCGUUUUUCUCCCCUGAAAAAAGCCUGGUUGCUGAUUGGUUAGAAUGCUAAGCAGGAUGUGACGUAGUACUGGACGCCACAACAACUCACACCAUUUAUAAAAGCCGGUGAAGCAGUGUUGCCAACUAAAGCAACUUUGUUGCUAUAUUUAGCGACUUUUCAGACCCCCUUAGCGACUAUUUUUCAAAAAAGCGACUGGCGACAAAUCCAGCAACUUUUACUGGUGUUGUUGGAGACUCCUUACUCUUCUUAACGAGCCGCGGGGGCCGGUGGCUCUUUUUAACAAGCCGCGGCGGCCAGCGGCUCUUUAAGAAGAGUAAGAAUGAGUCGAAUCGGCACAGUCCUCCUGCAGCAGUCUUUCCCAGCUGCAGAGCCAGAGGGGAUGUUAAUCCCUUAGCGUCCAGUCUGCAAAUUGCUAACAGGCUAACAGUUAGCUCUGUAGCAGGACAGUGUGUAUGUGCUGCUGCUGCAGGAGGUGUUCACUUAGCGAUCUCUGUUUGUUUACAACAAGCACCGGACACUAAAACCUGUUCCUAUUGUUUGUUUAAAAGUAGUGCAAUAAAAAUACAAAUGUUUUCUCUAACAUGAUGAAUAAUCGUGAUUAAUAAUCGUGAUUACAAUAUUGAUCAAAAUAAUCGUGAUUAUCAUUUUUGGCCAUAACCGUGCAGCCCUAAGUUCAACAUAUUUGAACACACAAACUUGCUAAAACUUUGAGAAGAUCAAUACCACUCUUGUUAAGUACAGCACAACAUAUAAUAACAGAAGUUAUUAGUAAAGCAUGUAGCUCCCCCUAAAACAAUGAAUUGUAGUUACAUUCCUAUUAGUGUAGGAUUAAACAAACAAGAUAAAUUCUGUUAUUUGGGGGCUUCAGAUGUGAUAAAAGAUGUAUUUUUGGAAGCUGUUUCCUCCUGAUUUUAGUAUUUAUGCUAAGAUAGCUUCACCAGCUGUGUAAGUGCAAACAAAUCCUAAUUUUAACUUAUAUGACUACUAAGUUUCACCACAGAGAUUUUAAGCAAUAACUAAAUAGUUGCACAUACCCCUAGAGUAGGUGCAAGUCAUAUAAUGUCACGUAUUUACACUCAGUAAUAUGUCUUUUAUUUUAGUGUAUUAUAGAGCUGUCAGGGAUCAUUCACUCAUUUGGAUUUGGUUUCUCUGAGGAAAACAAUAACAAAGAGUAUCAGAAAAGUCAAUCAUAAAAGAUAUAUAGAUGCAUAAAACAGGAGUUUUUCUGCCAUUUUGCAACACAGAUUUGUUGAUCUAGUAUUUUAGUAUUGAUCCAGCUUACUUCAGUGUCCCCAUGUCAGCCAGAAAGCUAAUGUGUUCAAUCUAGUUAGGUUAUGCUCCAAGGGUGACCAAUUUUAGUAGAUGAUUAAGUAAGAAACUAUUAGUUACUGGGACUUAAACACAGCUGGUGCAGCACAGUGCAGCUCUGUACUUUAAGUGGUAUGAGAGUGAUAUUGAUCUUCUAAAUCUGUGAAACGAAGCAAAUCAGUUUGUGUCUCAAAAUGAUGGACUGUUCCUUUUAGAAGCAGCAUCAGCAGCUGCUGUCAGCCUACCUCACGAUAUUGUACUCUUAAUGCUGUCAAUAUCCACUUUCCAAGAAACAGAAAACAGUUUAGGAUUGACUCCAGCAGUGUUUGAAGCCAAACUGUUCCUGUUGUCAAGAUGUGGGGAGUUUUGAUUAUCAGUAAUCUUUUUUUUAUUUUUAGUUUAACUUAACAAAAAAGAAAACUGAGCAUCUACUUACUGGCGUCCAGAAAGUUGUCAUCAAGUAACAUCAAGUUCUGUUUAAAGGCUCUAGGAAAAGCUAGUCAGUGGACCUUUAGUUGUUGUUUUCAUAUUAAAUUUCUGUCACUAUGUUAAGAUUUAAGUUUAACAUUUUUAUUCGGUUUUUAACAUUCCAUGCAGGAGUUUUAUCAGCAGGGAAACAAAGUAUUAGAAAGCACAUAAAUAUGAUUGGUUGUUAAUGGCUGAUCACAAAAAAAAGGGGUAAUUCUUGUGUUCUCAGGGUUCUUUGUUCCUCAACUAUAUAUGGCACAUAAUAGAUAUAUGACCAGGGUCCUAUGUUUCCCAGUUCUAAAGAUGUGCUUUCCCAGGGUCCUUUGUUCCCCAUCUCUAUAUAGCACAUAAUGGGAACCUAAAAAUAUGUUCCACAGCAGAAUUCACUUAAUAUGACAGGGGUUAUGAAAUCUCGUGACCCAAACUCUAUAUGAGGGUGUGUGUUUACAGAUAAUUUAACUAGGGAACUUGAGACCCUGGGAACAUAGGACCUUGGGAACUUAGAACACUGAGAAUAUAGAACUUUGGGAACUUAGGACCCUAGGAACUUGGGACCUUGGGAACUCAGGACCCUGGGAACAUGGGACCUUGGGAACUUAGAACCCUGAGAAUAUAGAACUUUGGGGACUUAGGACCUUGGGAACUUAGGACCCUAGGAGCAUGGGACCUUGGGAACUUAGAACCCUGAGAAUAUAGAACUUUGGGGACUUAGGACCUUGGGAACUUAGGACCCUAGGAGCAUGGGACCUUGGGAACUUAGAACCCUGAGAAUAUAGAACUUUGGGGACUUAGGGCCCCAGGAACGUGGGACUUUGGGAACUUAGGACCCUAGGAACAUGGGACGUUGGGUACUUAGGACCUUUGGAACUUAGGACCCUAGGAACAUGGGGCCUUGGGAACUUAGGACCCUAGGGACAUGGGACCUUGGGAACUUAGGGCCCUAGGGACAUGGGACCUUGGGUACUUAGGAUCCUAGGAACAUGGGACCUUGGGAACUUAGAACCCUAGGAACAUGAGACCGUGGGUACUUAGGACCUUGGGAACUUAAAACCCUGAGCAUAUAGAAACUUUGGGACUUAGGACCUUGGGAACAUAGGACCCUAGAAAAUCAGAACUGUAGCAAAAUAAGACCUUGGGUUCUUAAGACCCUGGGGACUUAGGAUCCUGGCAAAUUAGGGCCUUGGGAAACAAGGACCCUGGUAACUCAGAGCUGUAGUUCCAUAAGAUCUUGGGUACUUAUAACCUUGAGGACUUAGCAUAGGACCUUGGCUACUGAAGACCCUGGGAACGUAGGACCUUGGGAAAUUAGAACCCCAGAAACUCAGAACUGUAGCAACAUAAGAUGUUGGGUACUUAAGACCCUAGAAACAUAGAUACUCUUCGUAAAACAACCACCAUGUGACAGUCAACGUAUUGUUCAAGAAGUUAACAGACUGCUGGUGACUUGGACACGUUGACACGAGUUAACUGUGAUGAAGGAAAGCUAACAUACCAAGCAUUUAACACGGAGGGUGGCUGCUUUUAUUUUCUGUUCAUUCUUCAAAGACAGACUUGUUUUUGUUUGUCUCACAGAAUAUUUAACCGAUAGCAUGUAGCCUAAUGUUUAUGUACUCUGCAUUUUGUAUCUACUAUGGUGACGUAUGGUUAUGGAUGGUUGUCAGUCAUCUGUUUGUGGCGUUUUAACACUAUUUUAUAUGUUUUUUUUACAAUCUUUUAACAUUUAUGAAUGUAUUUGGUUAUUGGUUUCCCCUCUGUUGUGCACUUAUGUUGAGUUUUUUCCUAAAGAAAAAGGAUAAUUUAUCAUUUGCAUUGAUUUGCAACUUUCAAAGAGGAGGUCCCUUUAAUCUGUCUUUAGAAAACUAUGUAUGAUUAUUCUGUCAAAAAUAUUUACUGUAUCUGAUUCUGUUUAAAGUGCUUUACCUGUCAUUGCCCUCCAUCAGAUGCCUUUUAGAAGAGUUUGAAAUAGAAAACCUCCAAGUACAUGGGAAGUAUUCCAAAAAGUUUGUAUUGUUUCAGUCAUUUUACUCUUUGUUAAGUAAUGGGAAGACUUUUUUUAUAAGGGUUGCAAGCACCAACUGGGUUAGAACCAUCUGUCUCACUAACUAUCUGUUGUAGCUUUUACUGUCUACGCCAAAGAGGUUUUGGUUUGGUCUGUUUUUCAGCAGGAUUAUGGAAAAACCACUGACCUGAUUUUAAUGAAACUUGGUGUAAGGGUGAAGCACGGGCCAAGGAAUAAUCCAUUACAUGUUGGAGUGGAUUCAAAUUGAUUGGUGGAAACAUGAAUUAUUUUUCACUUUCAAGACUGCAAAUUGGGGCAUUUGGCUUUGGCCAACAUCUUUUUUGGUUUCAGACUAAACUAGUUGUAAGGCCUAAACAGUCAACGACUGAGAAGUAUAAUUUUCAUGGUAAUUCAGUUGAUAAUUUUGACCUAAUUAUCUUUGUCAAGGAGGUUUUGUUUUGGGUCCGGUUUGAUGGCUUGGUUGUCCGUUUUUCAGCAGGAUUUUAUAAAAACCACUGGUUUGAAUUUCAUUAAACCUGGUUAAAGGGUGUAGCAUGGUUCAAGGAAGAAUCUAUUACAAUUGGGAUUCUUUCCAAAUCGUGGGGCAGAUACAUUAAUUAUUUGUCACUUUCAAGACUGCAAAAUGGGGCAUUUGGCAUUUUAACAACAUAACGUGAGGACUGAACUGUCAAUGGUUGAAAAACCAAUUUUUUGUUGUAAUUCAGUUGAUGGACAGAUGUGCAUUAAGAACUCUAAUUGUCUUUGCCAAGGAAGUUUUGUUUUCGGUUCAGUUGGUUUGUUGGUUUGUCUGUUUUUCAGCAGGAUUGUGGAAAAACUACUGGCCAGAUUUUCAUGAAACUUGGUUGAACUUGGUUCUAGAGAAUACCCAUUACAUUUUUUUGAGCGGAACUGAAUCUCACAUUGCGAGAUAUUUGGGCAUUUGGCCUUUGGCAGAGGUCUACACUCUGAAGUGCCCUUCUACUUUUUGUUUUAUUUUUACUUUAACCUUUAAUUAAACCAGGUUACAUUGCUCUCUAUCUUUGGUGCUAACCAGUCGUUCCAUUAUUUCACUGAAGUUUGAAUAAGUUGCUGUUUUUUUUUUCGUUGUUCAGCCACAUUCUGUGUUAGCCUGCUGCCUUGCAUGCUCAAUUUCGUUUCGGACUGCAAGGCGGCCUGGUGUCCAGGGCCGAUUCUUAGCCCUGCUGUUGGUAUCCAAUCACAGAGCGGGGAGCGACGGCAAGACGAUGACGCGUACUACCGGACAGACGGAAGCUUGUAGUUUUGUAGUUUUCUUACAGAUCCAACAUGGCUGCAGCAAACGCGAAGCUCUCCUUCCAUUAAGAUUAAGAAGAUUAAGAUUAAGAAUUCUUUAUUGUCAUACCAACAACACAUGCAUGCACAUGAUGAGGCACGAAAUUAAGUACUGAGGCCCGGUCAAGCCAAACAUACAAGUAAAAAGAAGCGAUUGUUCGCACAAAAAGUAAGAACUGGCUUGUCACCGGGAGCUCGAGAAGCCGAUGCACUGACACGCGCCGCCAUCUUUGAUCAUCAAUGAACACACUCACUAGCUGUAGACAGUGUUCUAGAUGGUUUAGAGCCAAAGUUUAUUUUAAAAGAAGAACAACGUUUGGCUUUAAACUCCAGGAUUUGGCAAAAGCCUAAUCUACCAACUAGCCCCGUUAGUGGCUAAGCUAAUGGGGUUUAGCGAGACAUCAUCUGGUAUAACUGAUACGAUUGGCUAAGAGCUACGUACAGACGCUUAUGAUAGACAUUCGUAGCGCCCAAUAAACAGCUCUGGGCAAUCAUAAACCCCGCCUCCUCAAAGGAAAAAUCAAUAGGUGGUUUCCAGACUAUAUCCCAUUUGUGAUAUAGUCUGACUAGCCAGGCUAAGUCUGUGUAGCUUCUCAUGCCCAAUUUCAAAUCCUUCUAAAUAAUAAUUAUAAUAAGAUAGUUCUUCUAAUUACUAUUCUCCACCUCGGUCGGUGGUUUCCAAUCUUUAUGUCUUGAAGUCCCUUGAGGUGAAGCAAUAUGUACUAGCAGCACAAUGUGAGUGGUUGCAUAUGGGCCAUAACAAAGUCAGCCAGAGCCCUAAAAAAUGUAUAAUUAAUGCGUCCUGUAAGUGUAUGGAAAUCAGAAAUAUUUGUUUAUUUGUCCACAUCUUGUUGGCUUGAAGCUUGCUUGUUGUUGGAAUACUUCCCAUGUCCACUUAUGCUUGUGACCAAAUCUUUAUCACCAUGCAUGCACUUUGAACAGUUUGAUGGCACAAAGGAAAGCAUUACUCAGCAUUAAGAGACUUAAACAAGUAGUUUAAAAAUGUCCAAUAUUUGAGUGAGGCUCAAAAAUCACACCAGUAACUCAAAAAAAUGAAACUUCAUAUUUCAUGUUUUCACAGUCAUUUGCACCUUCUGUCUUCCUGCUGUUACUUUAUUUGCAUCUCUUCCUCUUAAUGCUGGAGCACAGUUCUCUUUUAGUCCAAAUAGAAAGCCUAUAUUGUUAUAAUUUUUAUAUUUUAGUGCCAACUGAGGAAUUGUCACCUACUAGAGGCAGUAGAACCAAAACGGCUACAUUAUAUGUAAUUGAAUUUUACUAAAGGUGACUAAUUUUCACACUAUAGAGGGCUGAGUUUUGUGCAGUAAAGGAGCUCUGAGAAUUAAUUAAGAUUGAAAUUAAUGAGAAAUUGUUCAGAUAUCUUGUUUCCCACCAUCACCAUCACCAUCCAUACAGAAAAUAUACAGUAUAUAUAAUCUAGGCCAAUAAAGGUUCAGUUUGUAUCAUUUGUAAACACACAAAGAAAGCACUUAAUUUUUUUUUUUUCCAUUUUGUGGGACAUAAUUUAUAUUCAAGUGAAACUAGUUACGGUUACUCAGCCAACCCUGUGUUACAAAUCUGUACAUUUAAUAUGUUAUUACUUGUUUUUUAGAAGUUACGUGCUGCUAUUUCAUAGUACCAGCAGUGUUAUAACCACAGAUGAUUAAAAGUUUAAUUCAUGGUCA